AUGGCAUCGAGUAUUCCUGGUCCAGUUGCAUUACCUGAGUCACGUUAUGAUUUGAAUACUUACUGGGGUCGUGUGCGUCACUGUGCAGAAAUUGCCGAUCCUACUAUGCUACUUACUACAGAGGCAGAUCUUAAACAGGCUAGGGAUAUCAUCAGUGCUUAUCGACAUGGGAAGUUGAAAGAACCUACUCCAGAGUUCUGGUAUGCGAAGAAACAGUUGGAUUCUACUGUACACCCUGAUACUGGUGAUACGGUUUUGUUGCCCUUCCGGAUGUCUAGUAAUGUGUUAUCGAAUUUGCUUGUGACAACUGGUAUGUUAACUCCUGGUAUGGGUACCAUGGGUACGGUCUUCUGGCAAUGGGCUAAUCAGUCUUUGAAUGUUGCAGUGAAUUCUGCGAAUUCCAACAAGUCGCAUCCAAUGUCUACACAGCAAUUGGUUACAAACUACACAGCUGCUGUGACGGCUUCUUGUGGUGUUGCUGUUGGUUUGAAUAAGCUGGUGCCUAGGUUAAAGAAUCUCUCUGCCAAUACCAAGAUGGUUUUGGGAAGGCUGGUGCCCUUCGCCGCCGUUGUUUCAGCAGGUGUUAUUAAUGUGUUUUUAAUGAGGGGCAAUGAGAUUCGCAAGGGCAUUACGGUAUACGAUUCGAAUGGGGAUGAGGUUGGGAAGUCUAAAAAAGCUGCGUUUUUGGCAGUUGGUGAGACAGCGCUAAGCAGAGUGAUUAAUGCAACGCCAAUUAUGGUGAUACCUCCCUUGAUUAUGGUGCGUUUGCAGAAGGGUCCGCUUAAGGGUAAACGGUUUGCAGUUCAGUCAUUAGUCCAGUUGGUUGUCAUCACAGCGACUGCAUUUGCAGCGUUGCCUUUUGCUCUAGGCGUGUUCCCUCAAUACCAAGCUAUAAAUGUGAAGAAACUGGAACCUGAGCUAUCUGAAAAGAAAGACAGAGAUGGUAAGGUGAUUCAGCAAGUCUAUUUCAACAGAGGGAUGUGA